AUGCCAAAUGGGCAGCAUAUAGAGACCGAUAUUCUCAUUGUUGGAGCCGGGUUUGGAGGGGUAUAUACAUUAUACCAUCUCCGAAAGCUAGGCUAUUCCGUGAGAAUCUUCGAGGCCGCUUCUGAUCUUGGUGGUGUCUGGAGGAACAACUGCUAUCCAGGUGCCCGUGUUGAUUCUGAGGUACCGAUAUACGAGUUUUCUCUCGAAGAGCUAUGGCGAGAAUGGACAUGGACCGAAAAAUUCCCUGGAUACAAGGAGCUACGCCUGUACUUCGACUAUGUCGACCGAAAACUGGAUAUCAGAAAAGACAUUGUUUUCAACAAAUAUGUCGUCAAAGCGGUCUUUGAAACUGAUACGGCUCGAUGGAAAGUUAUGGCAGAGGAUGGAACAGUGGUCCAUCCGAGAUUCCUUGUCCUUUGCAUUGGGUUUGCUGCCAAAGCAUAUGUUCCGGAUUUGAAGGGCAUUGAAUCUUUUCAAGGUAUCAGUCAUCAUACAGCAAAGUGGCCGGAAGAGGGCCUGGAUCUGAAAGGAAAGCGUGUCGGGAUUAUAGGGACUGGCGCGUCUGGGGUUCAGGUGAUACAAGAAAUUGCCGAGGACGUGGAGCAGCUUACCGUCUUUCAGCGUACGCCAAAUUACGCUUUAGCGAUGAGGCAAUCCAAAUUGGACAAAUCGGGGCAAGAUAAGAUGAAAGUUCUGUAUCCAGCAAUACAUAAGCAUCGUAGAGAGACUUCAUUCGGUUAUCGUUACCAACCUUUUCCAAAGAACCUCUUUGAUACAACUCCUUCAGAGCGGCUGUUACACUUUGAAGAGCAAUGGGCCUUGGGCGGCUUCCACUAUCUCAUACACAAUUACGCCGACAUCGGGGUGAAUCAAGCUGCUAACGACGAAGUAUACGAUUUCUGGAAAAACAAAGUGCGGGAACGUCUGCAUGAUCCCGACGUGCAAGAGAAGCUUGCACCUUCCAUCCCACCGCACCCAUUCGGUGCUAAGCGCCCGAGUUUGGAGCAAAACUAUUAUGAGAUUUACAACAGGCCAAAUGUCAAACUUAUUGACCUAGGGCAGUCUUCUAUUGUCGAGGUAACACCAAACGGCAUCUUGACUGCCGACGAUAUCGAGCAUAAACUCGAUGUCAUAAUUUUCGCCACGGGUUUUGAUAGUGUGACCGGAGGAAUCACUCAGAUAGAUAUUCGUGGUCUUGGAGGAAAAAGUAUCAAAGACAAGUGGGCAGAGGGAAUUGCUACCAACCUCGGUCUGGCCACGGCCGGUUUUCCCAACAUGUUCUUCAUGUAUGGACCCCAGAGUCCUACAGGUGAGAAUCCAAUUGUUGCAUGCAUAAAAUCACCUGAAAUUCAAGGAGAUUGGAUUGUCAACUGCAUUGAACAUAUGAUGUACAAUGAGCUGACAUGCAUCAAUGCUCAAGAAGAAGCCGAGAAAGAGUGGCGGAGACAAGUUCUCCUGUUGGGAAGUAUAUCUCUGGUUUCUAAAGCGAAGACGUCCUGGUAUCUUGGGAGUAAAGUUGUUGAGCCGUACAUGUUCAUGGGCGGAGUGCAAAAUUAUGAAAAGGCGAUUCUUCAAGUAGCCAAUAAAGGAUAUGUAGGGUUUGAUCUGAGCUGA